AUGUCACGUACACGCGCAGCAUCAGACUGGCGAAUGAGAUCUCCUCCCCGAUGGACAGCCAUGAAGCCCGCCGAGAAGCACUUUCGCUGCACGAUCUGUCAGCGGGGCUUCACACGCAUUGAUCACUUGAAAAGACACCAUUUGAGACGUAUGGACUGUUUCCUGUAUCCUGAACAGUUCGCUUAUGCUUAUGCCUGCGCAGAUUCCGGCCAGAAGCCAUACGCCUGCGUAUUCUGUAAUGAGGCGUUUGCCCGAUGUGAUAACCUUCGCGAUCACUAUGCGGAGUGCGCCCAGCGAGGAGAUCGCAAAAUCCCCGAGACUGGCCAGAGGGGUCGCCGGCGCCAUGCAUGUCUUUCGUGUACCUCCAUGAAACUACGAUGCGAUGGUCAAAGUCCCUGCGGGGCCUGCGUGAAACGGAACCUUGACUGCAACAAUGAACGAAUCGGCCGACCGCAACAUCCUGGUCUAGAAGAAGAAUCGUCCACUACCAGAACCGAGUAUGCCGAACAAUCCGACCGCGGGUCCAUCAAGUUCCUCCUGAAUGGGGGGCUUGACAGCUUCACGGAGCACUUCCGCCUUCCUCCACGCAAUGACCGAGCUCGUAACCUCAUUUUCAAAGACCAGGAGCUCCAGCAGGAUACCGCUGGAGUUUUUCCAUAUGAUGUGUCAGGCAACAGAUCAGCCUAUACCCCGAGCAUGGUGGACCCCGACCCGGCUACGAUGCAAUAUUUCCCAAAUUCAUUCCUCGAUUUCUUCAACACCUCGUUCGGUGAACAGAAGCCACUCGAGGACCCAUACACUGCGCAUGCCCUUCCGACAGUGCUUCCGCCCGUACAAGAACCUCACUCGACCAUGAUAUCUGAUCAAGCUGUCUUUGAGUCAGAGCGCCCAUUUGCAAUGGCCCUGGUUCAAUCGAUCUUAGCUCGAGCAUGGACCGCACCGUUGGAUAGCAAAGGUCAAGAAGAGAUAUCGACCAAUCUCAAUUUCCUAUUGACAACCGCGCGCAUAAGGAAAUUCGCUGCAUUAUACUUCAAGUUUUGGCAACCCAGCUGCCCUAUGAUUCACUUGCCAUCCUUUGACCCUGAGACGGUGUCUUUGCCGCUCUUGGCUGCGGUUGUUUUCAUGGGGGCUAUGUAUAGCACCGACCAAAGGGAGGUUUUUAUGGCCAAACGAGUCCUUGAUUUCGCCGAGAUGUUUGUUUAUUCCAGUCAAGUCUACUCGGCCGAAAGCGAGAUUGCGAGUAUAUUUCUUGGAAACCGGAAUACUGUCGAUGAGGGAGAUGAUUGGAUUAAGUUUCAAAACUUCCAAGCCGGAUUUAUCAUGGUUGCGGCCCAAUAUUGGGCGGGAAAUCAAACGGCUCGAGCCCGCGCCAUGGAGAAUCGCUUUAGCGAAGUUGUGAAAUUGGCCCGACGUCUUCGUCUCAUAAAGUGCCGUCAUAUGCCGCACGAACGAUCAAAUGAAAAACUUUGGAUUCAGACAGAAUGCCGCAUUCGGACUAUUUCCAUCAUCUCAUUAAUGGACUGUGCAUUUUACUUCUAUCAAAACUACCCUUACCGUCUUACAACUUCCGAAAUGGAAAACGACUUCCCUUGUGAACAAUCUAUCUUCCAAGCAGAGCACCCAUUCGCAGAACCAAAGUUUCGUCUUUCUCGCAAUCUCACAUUAUACGAAGGAUUCCAAAAUUUAUUUGCUCGGCCGGAAGAUUCUCCCGGGCAUAUCCCCAACUCAAACCCGAUGGAUCUGACUGUUUUUGAUAUGUUUAUGCUUAUUCAUGUUAUAUUCGCCUUUAUAAAUACCCACAUGAUGCUUGUUGGAUUUUUAGGACGCCACGGCGAAGUCAUACAGCUGCAACAAAAUUCUUCCAAUGGCAAAAGCAUAAUCCCUGAAGACUCGCUUCUAUCCUCUAUUAUGACGGCCCUGAAUCGCUGGCGUGAUUAUUGGUUUGCAUUGCGCAGUUCAACCUCGAAUGACGAGUGGGCUUCUAUGGGUUUCUACAAAAACAGCUACAAUUUCUGGCUUGUCUCACAUCUCCUCGUUACCAAGAAGGAUGCUGUCGAUGUCCUUAUGCAAAUGGAGGUCAGCUGCGAAGAUAAGCUGGAGAAGUUAAAGGUUUUGUUACAGGAUGAGAAAGAGUAA